GGUGUGUUGCGAGCGGGAGAGAGAGAUGACCAGAGCUCCGCGACGCUGGACAGUCAAACAUGGAGCUUUUUAAAACGCUAAUUUCGGUGCUUUGGAUGUUAUUGCUGAAUGGAAACAAGGGCUGUCACGCUGAGGAAGUGGUCCUGCUGAACUCUAAAGAAACUCAGGCAGAGCUCGGCUGGACGUCGUACCCCUCCAAUGGAUGGGAGGAGAUCAGUGGCGUGGAUGAGAAGUACAAGCCCAUCAGGACCUACCAGGUGUGUAACGUGAUGGAGCCGGCGCUGCAGAACAACUGGCUGCAGACGGGCUGGGUGGCGCGGCGCGGCGGCCAGCGCAUCUUCGUGGAGCUGCAGUUCACGCUGCGCGACUGCAACAGCAUCCCGGGCGUGGCGGGCACCUGCAAGGAGACCUUCAACCUGCUCUACGUGGAGUCGGACAAAGACCUGGGCCGGGUGACCCGCGAGGAGCGCUACACCAAGAUCGACACCAUCGCCGCCGACGAGAGCUUCACGCAGGGCGACCUGGGCGAGAGGAAGAUGAAGCUCAACACGGAGGUGCGGGAGAUCGGACAUCUGAACCGGAAAGGGUUCCACCUGGCGUUCCAGGACGUGGGGGCGUGCGUGGCCUUGGUGGCGGUGCGGGUGUACUACAAGCGCUGCCUGGCCACGGUGCAGAACCUGGCUGUGUUUUCCGAUACGGUUGCCGAGGCGGCGUUCGCCACCCUGGUGGAAGUCAGGGGAGCCUGCGUCAACAAUUCCGAGGUGGACACGGACAGCCCUCCCAGGAUGCACUGCAGCGCCGAAGGGGAGUGGCUGGUGCCCAUCGGGAAGUGCAGCUGUUCAGCGGGUUACGAGGAGGGCCACAGCAGCUGUGAAGCGUGUCCCCCUGGCUCGUACAAGAUGUCUUCCAGACAGCAGGAGUGUUUUGCGUGCCCGGCCAACAGUGUGGCGGAGGAGGAAGGCUCGGUGGUGUGUGUGUGUGAGGAGGACCACUUCAGGACCCCUCUGGACAACCCCUCGGCCCCCUGCACCCGCCCCCCCUCUCCUCCCAAAGACUUAGUCUACACCCUCAAGCAGUCCACCCUGAUCCUGGAGUGGGGUGCGCCAAUGGACACGGGCGGCAGGGGGGACCUGACCUACAGCGUGGGCUGCCGCCGGUGCGUGGGGCUGCAGUGUGAGCCGUGCGGGGCCAGCGUGGGCUUUAUGCCCCAGCAGAGCGGGGUGACCGAGCGCACGGUGACCGUGGUUAACCUCAUGGCCAACUCCAACUACACGUUGACGGUCGAGGCCCUCAACGGAGUGUCGGAGCUCCUGCCCAACAAGAGGUUCUACACACAGGUCAAUGUGUCAACUAGCGUGCCAGAUCGGAGUUUUGAGCUAAAGACCGAGUCGUCAAUUCCAGGCAGUGUUCAGGAGGAGCACCUGAACACCUUAGCCUCUCACCUAACAUGUGUUACUGUCCCCCAGUAUCUUAGUGUUUAUAGUGGCAUUGUUCUGAGCUCAUUUGCCUAUGCCAAGCCUCCGGGAGACAUACACACAAACAUACAUAAACACAUAGGCAGUGCCGGAGAUGCAUCAGGCAGGGACGGAGAUGCAUCGGGCAGGGUGCCGGAGAUGCAUCGGGCAGGGUGCCGGAGCUGCAUCGGGCAGGGUGCCGGAGAUGCAUCGGGCAGGGUGCCGGAGAUGCAUCGGGCAGGGUGCCGGAGAUGCAUCGGGCAGGGUGCCGGAGAUAUAUCGGGCAGGGUGCCGGAGAUGCAUCGGGCAGGGUGCCGGAGAUGCAUCGGGCAGGGUGCCGGAGAUGCAUCGGGCAGGGUGCCGGAGAUGCAUAUGGCAGGGUGCCGGAGAUGCAUAUGGCAGGGUGCCGGAGAUGCAUAUGGCAGGGUGCCGGAGAUGCAUAUGGCAGGGUGCCGGAGCUGCAUCGGGCAGGGUGCCGGAGAUGCAUCGGGCAGGGUGCCGGAGAUGCAGGAUGCCUCUAACACUACACUCCUUUCCUCCCCAAGUCCGUUUUAA